GUAGGCGAAGCGCUGUUCGAGUGCUCCGCUCUGCGCAGUGUUUUGUGUUGCUCUUCUCCGCUUCCGUGAGAUCCAACCGGCCCCUCUCGCCGUCAGCCUCGCUCCGGCUGAAUAGUACGUCUCAAGAUGGCGGCCAAUGCGGGAUCGAUGUUUCAAUAUUGGAAGCGUUUUGAUUUACAAGAACUGCAGAGGGAGCUUGACACCACCGCCACACAAUUGGCCAACAGACAAGAUGAGAGUGAACAGUCAAGAAAGAAACUCAUCGACCAGAGCCGUGAGUUCAAGAAGAACACACCAGAGGAUCUACGCAAGCAGGUAGCACCGCUGCUGAAGAGCUUUCAGGGGGAGAUCGAUGCCUUGAGCAGGCGGAGUAAGGAGGCGGAGGCUGCGUUUCUGAACGUCUAUAAGAGACUCAUCGAUGUACCAGACCCAGUCCCAGUGCUGGACUUGGCUCAGCAGCUGCAUGUGAAGGUUCAGAAGAUGCACGACAUUGAGACGGAGAACCUGAAGCUCCGCGAGACUCUCGAUGAGUACAACAAAGAGUUCGCCGAGGUCAAGAACCAGGAGGUAACAGUGAAAGCACUGAAGGAGAGGGUCCGUGAGUACGAGCAAAACCUGAAGAGCCAAGCAGAGACCCUUGCACACGAGACUAAACUACAGCUACAUAACGACUACUCCGAGAAAGAGAGGAAGCUGCAGGAGUCUCAGGAGUCUCUGGCCUCUAAGUUGGAGGAGGCCGACCACAAGACCCAAACCCUCCAAUCAGCUUUAGAAGCCACUCAGGCUGAACUCUUUGACCUCAAGGCCAAAUAUGACGAGGAAUCCACCGCAAAGGGCGAUGAGAUUGAGAUGGUGAUGACUGACUUGGAGAGAGCCAAUCAGAGGGCGGAGGCAGCAGAGAGGGAGGCGGAGUCUCUGAGAGAGCAUCUCACCUCAUCCAACAAGACUCUUCAGCUGGCCAAUCAGAAAACACCUGACACGAGUCUGGAAGUGGAGUUGAGUUCUAAGGAGCAGGAAGUGGAAUUGAGUUCUAAGGAGCGGGAGAUGACCCAGCUACUGGAAGAUGUCCAGCGACUACAGACCAGCCUGACCAAACUGAGGGAGAGCUCAGCCAACCAGAUCAGCUCGCUGCAGGAGCAGCUUCACCUCAAGAGCAACACACUCAAGGAGUUGGAAGAAAAACUUCAGCAGCAGGCGGACUAUGAAGAAGUGAAGAAAGAGCUCAGCAUCCUGAAAUCCAUGGAGUUCCCAACAGACGGAUCUGUGCAGGACUCCUCCAAACCUCUAGAGGUGCUCUUGUUGGAGAAGAACCGCAGUCUCCAGUCUGAGACAGCCUCCCUGCGCAUCGCGAACAACGAGCUCAGCGGGUCAGCGGGACGGAAAGGGAAAGAGGCGGAGCCCCAGCAGACCCCUCCCACUGUCACCAAGCCCCUCCCCCAGUGUGACACGCCUCCUCUUCCCCCCUCCUCCUCCCCCCAGCCUCUACCUCACACACACACACUCACACACACACACACACCUCCUGCUCCUCGCACGGGCGUCGGCCCUCCGCCCCCUCCUGACGCUGACGCUAACGCUAACGGCCCGCUGGACUCAGCGCUGCCCCCGGUGGUCAGCUCCCUCCUGCAGCGGCAGCAGCUGCUCCUCCACUGCCUCUAUGGCAGGACGCCGCAGGACUCCCUAGCCCCCGACCCUCUGCCCGAAGCCCCAAGCUCCGCUGACCUGCCCUCUCCCGGGGCGGCGACCAGAGGGACGCCAGGGAAGAAGCGGCAAGCAGAGGAAGUGGACACGGCGGAGGUGGCUCGGCAGGUCAAGGAGCAGCUGAUCAAGCACAACAUCGGGCAGCGUGUGUUCGGACACUACGUGCUGGGCCUGUCGCAGGGCUCGGUGAGCGAGAUCUUGGCCCGACCCAAGCCCUGGAGCAAGCUGACCGUGCGCGGGAAGGAGCCCUUCGCCAAGAUGAAGCACUUCCUGUCUGACCAGCAGAACAUCCUCGCCCUGCGAAGCAUCCAGGGACGACAGAGAGAACUCCAGAGGAUCACUACUCAUCAGUCUCCAGAGAUGAGGGCCAUCAGGUCCAUACUGGAGCAGGCCAAGAGAGAACUGCAGGUGCAAAGAGCAGAGGGGCGGUCAGGGGGCGCAGUCAGGGGCGGAGCCACGAGGCGAUCUGCCUGGAUCCUGGAACAGGCACGAAGGGAGAUGGAGGCACAGCAGGUUGCCAUGGAGCCCCACCUUAAGACCGCCUCCUGCUCCUCUGGCUCCGCCUCCUCGUCGUCUCAGGGGGAUGUUCUUCUCAGCACGCCUCUCCCCGCCUACAACCCUCUCGCGCUGUCACUCAAGAAGACCCUUCCUCUCUCCGGCUCCACCCCCUCCUCUCCUGGCCAAUCACAGCUCAACAUUAAGAGGGAGAAAGGCGGGGACCCGCAUGAGGCCGCCUCCCUCAACCCACGACCACACCCAGGGGCGGAGGCUACAGAGGCUCAGCAGAGGACCAAUAGUC